AUGUAUAAAGAGAACAUCACAGUCAUUGCUCGGGAAGGAGUCACGGCAUGGUGCCGCCGCAACCCGGUUGGAGCUUGCGCGGAUGACGGAGGCACAACUGGCAAUACAGCCUCUCAACUGCAGUUAGAAUACCAUCCACAUGAGGUCUUGCAGGACAAGAUUUUCUUCUCUGCACUCCUUGGUUCCCCUGCCGACAUAUCUGUCACGAUCGAUGGUGUCGCCCUACCGGCCUCCUGGUUUCAUACACCUAGCGGGGGCGUGGGAAUCUAUCAUGGCAGUGUAUCCUUCACUGGCCACUCUGGAAACGUUGCCGUCACCAUCAACCGAUCUGGGGCAGAAGUUGUUAGUCUCAGUGGUGAUGAUAUUACUAGCGGGUGCUACUUCGAUACUCAAGCAGAAAACUACAACACCUGGGUAGGCUCGGAAAUGGCAACGGGGACGGUCUCAGCAACGCCUCCCUACGCUCUGGCAGAUCAAGUCUGUAUUGCCGGAUGGGGCAAAGGGGACUUUUUAGGUCUCUGCAACUUCAGCUGUGCACUGGGCUAUUGCCCUGUUGGUGCUUGUGUUUGCACCAGGAUGGGUCCUCACCCGGACAAGCCAGCAGCAAAGGGAGUUCAGGGCUACCCAGCAGCGGGAAGAGACGCCAACUUCGCGGGUCUUUGCUCUUUCAGCUGUAACUAUGGCUAUUGUCCCUCAGGCGACUCAUUUGCUGGCCUAUGCAGUUACAACUGCAAUUUUGGCUUCGGUCCCAUUCAUCGUUGCACAUGCACAGGCGUUGGACCUCUAAUCGAGCCUCCGCCAAAGAACACCAGCAUUACCGGGUACUCACCCUCAGUGGAUGACAGCGAUCUGUGCAUGUUCGCUUGCCAGAGGGGAUAUUGUCCUUCUCCGAUCUGUCAGGAGUAUUCCGCCGACGAUUUUGUCUGUGGAGCAUCCGAGGACGACUACUACGUCGAUUGCGGAGAGACCAUGUCUUGCGACUUUACCAAAAGCUAUGAUACACUAGCUGACUUGGCCAAUGUGAUGGAUACUAUAGAUCCGUACUGCACCAGUUAUUAUUCCAUCAACGUCCUAGGUCGCAUGCUUGAUGAUGCGAUGGUCGAUUAUAACUCGGUCGUUACCGGAGACUACGACAAGAAAUUCAACGAUUAUGUCGAUUACAUCAAGGACACUAUACCUUUGCAGCUCCGGCAGUUUCUCUUGGACUCAAACAGUACCGUGAGCCGCGGCAAUAAAUACUUUGAAUGUGCUUUUGUAACAGGACCGCGAGAAGCAUGCCCCAUUGACACCAAUUUCUACACUGGUCGAGUUGAAGUUACUUACUACCUGGUCGACGCAGAUGGCUUUUACGCUGAUCUGGCUGUAACAUAUGGGAUUCAAAAGGAAUGGGUGAAGUUCGGAGAGUACGACACCACCCAAUGCCGUGGUCCCGUCCUGGGCGAUGUGCAAUGCACAAUCUAUUACGGUUUCCCGCUCAGAUCAAGCAAUGUCACCGUGGACAACCCAAAGGAUAUUGUUACCAAGGCUCUGCCUGGAAUUCGGAGUCUCAAUACGACAAUUGCCCUGACGCAGCUCGAGAUUAAUGCGGGAACAUGGACUGGUGUUCUGGACGAUGGGAGGUGCCCGAACACCGGAGACGUUUUCGACCGCCGCUGCUGCGCGUCGAAAGAUGACUGA